AAGAAACGGAUUUUUUUUUGAAGAAGAAGAAAGAAGAGAGAGAUGAGUUCAGCAAGCAGAGCAUGGGUUGUAGCAGGAAGCAUUGGGCUAGUGGAGGCACUGAAAGAUCAGGGUUUCUGCAGAUGGAACUACACCAUGAGGUCCAUAAACCAAUAUGCUAAGUCCAAUCUCAGGUCCUUCCCUCAAACUAAGAAGCUCUCCCCAUCAUCAUCAUCAUCAUCUUCAGCUAUUGUAUUAAGGAAAAUAAGAGAAGAGCAGGCACAGCAGUCUGAGGAGUCUCUGAAGAAA